AUGUUCUCCUCGGCGCUCAAGUCCAUCUCCGCCACCAACAUCACCGCAAACUACUCCGUCUCACCGAACCCCACCUCGACGGCCGGCCCGUGGAAGAUCUACGACGCGAAGAAGAAGUCGACGGGCAAGGCGUAUAGCGUCUUCGUCUUCGACAAGAAGGCGCUAGACAGCCAUGGCAGCUCCCUAGGGCGCUCCGGCGCCUCGUCGUACAAGCGCAGCGUCGAGGAGGUCGUCGAGCGCCUGAAGAAGGAGGCCUCGAGUCUCGCCAAGCUCCGCCACCCCAGCAUCCUCGAGCUGGUCGAGCCCGUCGAGGAGACGAGAGGCGGCGGCCUGCAGUUCGUGACGGAGGCCGUUACCGCGUCGCUGGCGAGCGUGCUGCAGGAAAAGGAUGAUCAGGAGCGCGCGGGCGGGCCCGGUGGCCGCUCGAGCCGCUACGUCACCGAGGAUGCGGACGGCGUGCGGAGGAGGAGGGAGCUCGAGAUUGACGAGCUGGAGAUUCAAAAGGGGCUGCUGCAGCUGAGCAAGGCGCUCGAGUUUCUGCACGAGAACGCGGGGCUGGUCCACGGCAACCUGACCCCUGAUGCAGUCCUCAUCAACGCCAAGUCUGACUGGAAGAUAAGCGGUUUUGCCUUUUGUAGUCCCGCUGAGGGCUCCAACAAGCCCACCUCCAUACAGGGCAUCAACCUGUACGAGGUGCUCAACAUGGACCCGCGGCUACCCAGGCUCGUGCAGCUCAACCUCGACUACACCUCGCCCGACUUCGUCAUGGACAACAAUCUGACGCCGUCUGCCGACAUGUUCUCGCUUGGGCUCCUGUCCGUGGCGCUUUACAACUCGCCGCAUCAGUCACCGCUCGAGAGCCACGGCAGCCUCUCGUCGUACAAGCGGCUCUUCUCAUCGUCCUCAUCCGUACCUUCCUCAACCAACAACUUCCUCUCUUCCCGCCCGCUCCCCAAAGACCUCUCUCAACAUGUCCUGCCGAGGCUCAUCACGAGACGGCCGGCCCAGCGAAUGACGGCCCGUGAGUUCCAGCAGAGCGAGUACUUUGACAACAUCCUCGUCUCUACCAUCCGCUUCUUGGACUCCUUCCCGGCCAAGACGCCAAACGAAAAGUCGCAGUUCCUCAAGGGCCUCGUCAAGGUUCUGCCGUCGUUCCCCAAGUCGGUAAUGGAAAAGAAGAUUCUGCCGGGGUUGUUGGACGAGCUCAAGGACAGAGAGCUUUUGGCGCCAAUCCUGCAGAACGUGUUCAAGAUUAUCGAGCUGCUGCCUUCCGCUCGACGAGCGUUUGGUGAAAAGGUGCGGCCCGCGUUGAAGGAGAUUUUCGUCGUCAAUGCGAAGCAGACGCAGGAGAAGGACCCAGCACGAGACGCAGGCCUCAUGGUCUUUCUUGAGCACCUGCAGGCUGCGGCAGACAACAGCUCCGGCAAGGAGUUUAAGGACGAUAUAUUGCCUGUCAUCCUGGCAGCCAUAGAAUGCCCGACGCAUGCCAUCGUCGACGCCGCGUUGAGGACUCUGCCAUCUGUGCUUCCUGUGCUUGACUUUAGUACCAUCAAGAACGAGCUCUUUCCUGUGGUGGCAGCCGUCUUUAGCAGGACGAACAGCCUCGCCAUCAAGGUGCGUGGUCUUCAGGCGUUUGUCAUCCUCUGCGGAGGGUCGGCCGACGCGGCAGCCGACGACGGCCUGAACGGCCUGGUAGAGGACAAGAGGAAGACAUCAUCAUCCAGUGCUUUGGACAAGUACACGAUGCAGGAGAAGAUUGUUCCCCUGAUCAGAUCCAUCAAGACCAAGGAACCGGCGGUAAUGAUUGCAGCGCUCAACGUGCUGCGCAUCGUUGGCCAGACGGCCGACGCCGAGUUUGUGGCAAUGGACAUCCUUCCCGUCCUGUGGAGCAUGUCCCUAGGGCCCUUGCUGGAUCUGAAGCAGUUCCAGACCUUCAUGGAGCUCAUCAAGAACCUGUCGCGGCGAGUGGAGGAGGAGCAGUCCAAGAAGCUCCAGGAGACGUCGGGCAACUCCAACAGCGCAGCGGCCGGCCCCAAUGAGGACUUCCUUGCGUUCGGAGGCGUGACUGGCACGGCAUUUGACGCGAGCGGCGGCGGCAACGAGGAUGACUUUGAGUCUCUGGUCAAGGGGCGACCCGGGGCGGGCAGCGCGUCGGCGAGCAACGGGACCGGCCUCGCGAGCUGGGACGAGACGCCCUCGGUCAUGUCCGCACCAAAGUCGACAACGAGCACGCCGCAAACGCCUUCAUUUUCGUGGUCCACGCAGACCCCUGCCAGUCCCACGGGUGUCGCUGCGCCGCCGAGCCAGGGGUCUGGCUUCCGGACAGUCACGCCGGACCUCGCGCGGUUCGGGUCCAUGACGCCGUCGUCGACGCAGUUCAGCCAGCCGCUGCAGCCUACGCAGCCCUCGCACUCUGGCUUCCAGGCGCCGCCUACCCAGCCCAGCGCAACGUCGUUCAACUGGUCGUCGAGCACGGCGUCGGCCGCAACAGCCAAUCCCUGGGCGUCGACCUCGUCCACGCCCAACUACGCACCCAACUACUCGUCCGCGAAUCCGACGUCUCCCUCAUCCACGCUUUCUGGCUUCGGCGGCAUGACGUCUUCCAUGAGUGGAAUGUCCCUCGGGGCGCAGCGGCCGAGUAUCAGCGGGCAGCGCAGCUCGUCGUCAUCGUUCUCGUUGCCCCCGCCACCCGGUGGCUCUGCGGGCGCCGGCUCCUUUGGCAUCAGGCCCCCUCCUAACCCGGCGCAGCAGCAAACAGGGUGGUCACCCGUUGGCGGCAUGGGACAAAUGGCAAACAAACCCAUGGGGUCGAUGGGGUCGAUGGGUGGCGCCAACAAUACCAGCGGGGCGCAGCAGCAGCAGCCGCAGAAGUCGGGGCUGGACAAGUACGAGAGUCUUAUUUAG